AAAAAAGAGAGGAAUUGAGAGGAUAUAUGGUGAAUAUCUCAUAUAUGGAUCUCCCUACUAUAAAUAUAUGAGAAGAUCAGUUUCAACUAGAACCAAUUCUAAACGCUAGAAGCAUAUUUCCCCAAGCCUCCUUUUCUUUCAGGUGUAUAUAACAGUAAUGAUGAUUUUAGUGAUCGUUGCGUUCCUUGUCUGCCUUGUAAGCUACGUUUACCGAUCAUUGAAGCCUCCACCACCUCGAAUCUGCGGGGUUCCUCACGGUCCCCCGGUUACUUCUCCGAGAAUCAGGCUCAGUGAUGGAAGAUUUCUUGCUUAUAGAGAAUCUGGCGUUGAUAGAGCCAGUGCUAACUACAAGAUCAUCGUCGUUCAUGGAUUUAAUAGCUCCAAAGACAUGGAAUUUCCCAUCUCUAAGGAUCUUAUUGAAGAACAAGGGAUAUACUUUCUGUUUUUCGAUAGAGCAGGAUAUGGAGAAAGUGAUCCACACCCUUCACGCACAGUCAAAAGCGAAGCCUACGAUAUUCAAGAACUCGCCGAUAAACUCAAGAUCGGACCAAAGUUCUACGUUAUCGGGAUAUCACUCGGUGCUUACUCGGUUUAUAGCUGCCUUACAUACAUUCCCCACCGACUAGCUGGAGCAGUCUUAGUGGUUCCGUUUGUGAGCUAUUGGUGGACUAAAGUGCCUCAAGACAUAUUGAGUAAAGCGUUCAAGCUAAUGCCAGAAAAAGACCAGUGGACAUAUAGAGUUGCUCGUUAUUUUCCUUGGCUCUUGUAUUGGUGGUUGACCCAAAAGUUGUUUCCUUCUUUGAGUAUAAUCUCCGAGAGAAGUGCGUUAUGCAGCGACAGAGAUUUGGUCAUCCUAAAAAAGAAGUUGGAGUAUCAGAGUCCUCGCAUGGAAAAAGCAAGGCAACAAGGAGACCAUGAAUGUCUUCACCGGGACAUGAUAGCUGGCUUUGCGACAUGGGAGUUCGACCCGACUGAACUGGAAAAUCCGUUCGCGGAGGGUGUAGGAUCAGUCCACAUGUGGCAAGGGGCCGAAGACAGGAUUGUUCCGCGCGAAGUUAACGAAUAUAUAUCAAAGAAGCUUCCAUGGAUAAAGUAUCACGAACUCUCCGGCUAUGGACAUCUUCUACACGCCGAGGAGCAGAAAUGUGAAGACAUUAUAAAGGCGCUUCUUGUCGAGUGAUGAUCAUCUAUCUACCCAAAGAUGGCUUAACGUUAUUCACUAAUGCUGAAGGUCUCACUCAAAAUAUGGAUUACUAUGGGGGGGUUUUAUCGGAUGAGUAAGAAAUAUAGACCAAAACAAAAUAUUGUUGAAAUAGAAAUUUACUAAAUCCAUCUAGUAAGUUAAAAUAACUCAGUUAAAAUAUAAAUUAUAUAAAUGAGGUUCCUAUGGAUCUCUUUUAUGUUUGGAUAAAGGAUAUUUGACAAGAAUUGGUCACAAGUAAGUUGUAUAUUUGUA